CACCGGCCCGGGCCGCCUCCCCUUCUCCAGCGUCCGAUCUCCCAUUCCCCACCCCUCCUCGCAGCACCAACCACCGUCUCCUCCUCCCCCCCUUCUCUCUCUCUCUCCCCUCCGCUCCUCCCCCCGCGCGCGCGCGCGCGUUUUUUAUAAGGGUUUCGCGGCGCCGGAUGGCCGACGACGACAGCGGCAGCCCCCGGGGCGGCGGCGGCGGCGGGGUCCGGGAGCAGGACCGCUUCCUCCCCAUCGCCAACAUCAGCCGCAUCAUGAAGAAGGCCGUGCCGGCCAACGGCAAGAUCGCCAAGGACGCCAAGGAGACCCUCCAGGAGUGCGUCUCCGAGUUCAUCUCCUUCGUCACCAGCGAGGCCAGCGACAAGUGCCAGAAGGAGAAGCGCAAGACCAUCAACGGGGACGAUCUGCUCUGGGCCAUGGCCACGCUCGGGUUCGAGGAGUACGUAGACCCCCUCAAGAUCUACCUGCAAAAGUACAGAGAUAUGGAGGGUGAUAGUAAAUUGACCUCAAAAUCUGGUGAUGGAUCCGUGAAGAAAGAUAUAAUUGGUGCUCAUGGUGGUGCGACUAGCUCAAACGCCCAAGUGAUGGUUCAGCAUGGUGCUUACGCCCAAGGCAUGGGUUAUAUGCAACCCCAGUACCAUAAUGGGGAUACCUGAAACUGAAGACUGCGGCAAUUUUCGGAAAUGGGUAUUGCUCCAUGAGUGGUUAUCUAUCUGUUAAGGAAGCCGCCCCAACAUUAGGUUCAUGAUGAUCAUUGGCUGGAAACUAAAGCACCUGGAAGGGUGCUUAACAGUUGGUUGUGAUGGCUGCCUCCAAGAUGUAAAUUGCUUCCGAGAGAAUAGAUUCACCUAUUAUGGUUUAGUGCUUGUUUUUAUCUGUACAUUCGGAAUAAUUCAGCCGUUGGUAGUUUGGCAAUCUUUUGUUUUUCAGAUAUUUGUAUUAGGGAGCAUAAAUAUAUUGCAACUGGGUAUUGACUUAUAGUUGUGCGGUGUUCCUGCGCACCGCUUCCGGGUGUAAGGCUCGCCACAGACAUCGAACUGUGCUCAAAGACUUGUAAUGCAACAUGCAAGCCAACUGAGUUGUAAA